CUCAACGACGUGGCCAGGUGGCGUUAACAUAAGCUAAGACCAAUUCAUCUUUGCUUAUUGCUAAGAUCCAGAGAUCUGAGAACGACAAGUGCCGCUAACGCCAAACCACUUACAGCUGUUUCUGCAUUUCUUAAAAAUUCACAAAAAUGAAGAGUUUUUUCAUUACUUUUUUCUUAGCUAUUACGGCAUCAUCAGUAUUGGCUGAAACCUGCCUAAAACCUGAAGUUCAGGCAUCUGCAUAUGUAACUGAAGAUGCAACUGUUCUAACUCAAGUUGCAUUUACCACUCAAUUUACCCUUAAGUGCGCUAACGGUGCUAAGGGAAUUUCUCUCUAUGCUGAAGUUGAUGGUAAAUCCUUGCCAGCUGUAAGAUUGAGUGCUGAUAACAAGUACCAGAUAUCAUGGACAGAUGAUAUCAAAAAAGCUCGUUCUGGUGACUAUAACGUUAAACUAUAUGAUGAUGAGAGCUAUUCAGCUAUUCGCAAAGCUAUUAGGAAUGGUGAAGAUCCAAGCAGUGUUAAACCUCUAGCUGUCGUAGUAUUAAACAACCCAGGUGUAUACACUGGUCCUUGGAUUAACUCUGAAUUAUUGGCUACUUUACUUGCUGCAAUUGUUUCCUACACAGCUUUCACUGCAAAAUCUAAACUUGUAGCAUAAUUACAAAUUUUCUAAGUAAUUUAUAUUUUAAAUUGUAAGUUUGUAUGUGAAGAACAAAAGUUUUAUUAAAAACAAAAUUGUUGUUAU